AUGGCUCUCGAUUGUGUUCUUUCCACCGGAGGGAAGAAAGCAGAAUAUUUGAUUGACCCAAUUGGUCGUCAGUUUGGUUAUCUGGUUUACUACAACACCAACCUUGAAAGCCUAAGAAAUCAAGUCAAAAUGCUGGAAGAGAGAAGGGACAAAGGGCAACUAUUGGUUAACGAGGCAAAACGAAAGGGAGAAGUUAUUGGACCUGAAGUUGAGGUGUGGAUGGAAAGAGUAGUUGGACCGAGCAGUAAGGCCAAUCACAUUCUCGAUGAACGUCAACCAAACAAAGAGUGUUUGAAUGGGUGGUGUCCAAACCUGAAGUCACGCCACUCAAUCAGUCGGAAAGCAAAAAUGAUGGCAGAAGAAGUGGCUAAGCUGCACGGAGAUGGUAACGUUACCCGAGUGUCGUACCCCGCACCUCCACUCGGGAUAGAAUCUAGACCCAUUGACGGUAUUAAAUGUUUCGAAUCAAGGAGUUUGAUCCUGAAGUAA